GAUUGUCCUUGACACAAUAGGCUAUAUGGGGUUACCGGAAAACGUACACACAAACUUUUGAUGGUGUGUUGACCUUCUCCUUGCAUGUUUAUUACACAAAUGCGCAUUAAGCAGCAGCGGGGCGUCUAAGGCUACUGACUAUUUUUUCUACGAGAUAUGCUGCUCGAGAAUAAAAACAUAAAUUAGGAAAUGCAAAAGGUCCAGCUACUGCUGCUGCUGUUUGCCCAGAGGGUCAUUUCAUUGCCUUGCACGUAUAUUAUAGCUAAUAUAUACAUAAGCUAUAUAGCUGCGCUAUCCUAGCGUUAGUUUUCCCUCGAAACACACCACAGGCUCAUCCACGCUCAUCCAUCAGCAUUUGUUGUUUUGCUCGAAGUGAUAAGGCGUGAACGAGUCCCUAGUCGAUUCGCUUGAAUCUCAUUGGUCUGUUUUGCUAUAGCUAGUAUUUCAGUCUGUGUUCAAUCACUCUAUAGCUAGAUAUACAGAUGAAUUUGAUAUUGCAUUUCUAUACUAUAUAAUCGCUAUACACAACAAUCGCAUCAUCUAUAGCUAUGUGACCCGCCUUUCAUUAUUUCAAGCGAAAAUAAGUCUUGGCAACAAAAGUGAACAGAAACCAUUUGAAAUAUAUUUAGUCUUGCGUCAAUAACUGUUUGGAGAGGUCAUUGCUUAGAAACCUCCGAGGUGGUUCGAACUGAAAUUUGCGUAGUAGACAAUCAGUUAAAGGUAUACUACAAAGGAUAUAUUUUAUUGGCAAUCGAAAAAUCACCCCAAGUUGUUUUUACACGUUUUUAAACACUGUUGUUUCAUUUUAUUUAAAACAAAAAACGCAAAUUGGAGCUCAAUUGCAUCGCGUCUUUGAAUAUAAUUUCACUGACAUACUGCUGCUAGUACGUCCCACCUUUUUCGUUAUACCUUCAUUCUAUAAUAAAGAUACAAUAUACCCAUCAGCAGGAAAGUAUAUAAGGUUAUUACUAGCUGUUAUUACUGUUAAUUAUGAGUUCUUCAAGGAACAGAACAGUGUCUCGAAUUUCCAGUGCCAUAUGCCGCAGCUGGAAUAUCAAUUGUCGUACUCACCGUUUAUUAAGUUGCCGACUUAUUUUCGGCCACCCCUUUGCAAAGUUCCUCUAUCUGGUUAGCGCUAGCAUUUGUCUCAUCAUUUUUAUCCAGUGCAAAAAUAAUAUUCACCUGCAAACAAAUACUCGUGACACUCCGGAAGUUGAUCGAGCGACCUGCUGUCAGCUCCCCAAUCAGCAGGCAAAGGACAUUUGCGGCCGAUCAAAUUGCACUUUGCCAUGCACAAAGCCGGAAUUGGAAAUUGACUCCACCAGUAAAAGGAAAUCUCCUCUUAGCCAGCAUCAAGCCUUUUUCAUAGAAUCGUCGGGCAACGGUGCGCUGAGUUAUCGACAGGCUUGCACCGUCGAGUCGCUCGCCUUGCAUAACCCAAAUUUGAUCGUCAACGUCCUUUUUACCGAUGUGAAAAUCAACACCAGUCUGGAUACCGUACAGAAACUCGUGGAGAACUACGCCAAUGUCCAGCUGAUUAGCAUCAACGUGGAUGAAUACAUGGCCGGAACACUGAUGGAGCAUUGGUAUCAAUGCACAAAUUGGCGCAGUGGGUCGUAUCACGUCAACAAUCUGAGUAACGCGCUGCGACUGCUGACCGUGUACAAAUUCGGUGGAUAUUAUUUCGAUCUCGACAUCAUUUCUGUGCGUCCCGUCACGUCUUAUCGCAAUUUCGUGGCCGCCGUCGACCGUGAAAUUGUCAACAACAACGUGAUCCAUGCGGACGCGAAACAUCCGUUCAUCGAACUGGCCAUCGACGACUUUGUCACCAACUUCAGGCCAGACUUGUGGGGUAACAACGGACCUGCUUUGAUUUUCCGCGUCUUGAAAAAGUGGUGCCACUCCGAGGACCGCAAGUCGCUGGAAUACGUCAGCUGCCCUGGAUUUAAUGUUCUUCCGGCACCGUCUUUUCAUCCGGUCCACCACUUCGAGAUGCAAAAAUUAUUCGAUGAGCCAUUGACCAACGAAACGGAGGAAAAGCCCAUCAGCUGGCUGACGGAGGACGUGGUGGGUGUUCACCUUUGGAACAGGAUGAACAAAGACGACCCCAUCUACAAGAACGAGACACAUCCGUACAAAAGGCUGGUUCGAGACCACUGCCCUCUCAUCUUUUCCAUUAUUCCGGAAAUCUUUUGAAGAAUACGGCAAACAGUUUCUUUUUCUUUUAAUUAUUUUUAUAUUUGUUUAUGUUAAACUUCGUAUUUUGGAA